AUGGCUGGCGGAGAGAAGCGGGCGAGGAAGGAGGUGGAAGCCUUGCUGGCGCAGUCGGACUUGGAGGAUGAGGCAAACGACACGAUAAGGACCAUCGCCAACAACACGUGCGGGGACGUUGUGAGCUUGGGUUUCGAAGGGCUCGGCGUUGAUGGUGCGCGUGCAGUGGCCGAGGCGCUCAGGCACAACACCUGUCUCAAGAUUCUCGACCUGAUUGGUAGCGCCAUUGCCGAGAAAGGCGCCGUGGCACUGGCGAAGAUUCUUAAGCACGACGCAACACUCAAAGAACUCAUCCUGCGGAAGAACGCCAUCUGCAAUGACGGCGCAAGGGCAUUGGCGCUGAUGCUGAAGCACAACUCAACCCUCACAAGUCUCGACCUGAGCCACAACUCCAUCAGCGACCAUGGCGCUGAGGAAUUGGGACAGAUGCUUCAGCACAACACAUCCCUCAAAGAACUUGACCUGAAUAACAACCGCAUCAGCGACGUGGGCGCUGAAGUAUUGGCGGAGAUGCUGAAGCACAACACAGCCAUCAGGAAUCUGGACCUGCGAAAGAAUUCCAUCGGCUUCAACGGCGUCGCGGCUUUGGUGGUCAUGUUGAAACACAACAUGACAAUCACGAAUCUCAACCUUUCAGAGCAUUGUCUCACGGAACGCGAAGUGUUGGGUGUACUCGAGCUUCUACAGUACGUCCACACAAAAGCAAAGAUUCGGUUGUGCAAGCCCGUCCUCAAGUCUUCGACUGCGGUCGCCCGUGCCCUGGCUACGCUCCACACAAAGCGGCCAGACAUCCUCGUGCAUAUUUUCUUUGACCCAACUGCAAAGACCGCUUACCAGGAACAGAUUCAACUGCUCAAAUCACUACAGCCCGGCCCAAUUCCUCUUGAGACAGCAAAGGUGUUUAUGUGCGGCGAUUACGGCAUUGGCAAAACGACCAUGAUCGAGUCGCUGGCUGGAAGCUAUUUUCGCCAAUUGCUGUUUGCGGCCUGGCAACCACGUGACGAUCCAGACCGUCCAAAUGAGCGUACACCCGGAAUCCGGGUUUGUGAAAUGAAACUCCAAGACACCACAAGCCACACCAGCGAUGAAGUCGCUUCCUUGCGUGUCUACGACUUUGGAGGACAGUGGGCCUAUCACGUCAUUCACACCCUGAUGAUGUCUGAUCGAUUUGCCGCCUUUGUCGUUUGCGUCGACCUCUCCCAGCCUGAACAGCACGUGAAGGAACACGUCAACUACUGGCUUCGUUUCAUCUGCACAAGACUCCAGCAAGGUGUAGCAGCUGCCACCGCAACCGCAGAUGGAGACGGGAUAGAAAACACGAAGCCGCGUGUUCUCAUCGUUGGAACGAAGAGGGACCUUGCCUUCCAGAAGACCCUUGUGGAUGAACGUGGACAGCCCCCUUGGGGUGCAGCAAUGGUCGCCCAUCUGAAGAGAACGUUCGGCGGCAUCGUUGACAUCCAAGAUCCCCUCAUCUCACUCAACUGUUAUCAAAGUGGUGAGGCCGGAUUUAUUGAGCUCCGGGCACAACUUUUUCAACACUGGUGUCAGCUGAAGGAACGCAAGCUUGUCGUCCCCAGAGUCGUGGAUCUGCUUGCCACAACCCUCCAAUCAGCCCGGAAAGAGAAACCAGCGUGGACCAUUGAUGCCCUCUUUCAGUUUACCCUAACACAUGCCCCUGGACUCGGUUUGACCUCCUUUGGCAUGCCAACGUUUUAUUCUGCGUUGAGGUACCUCCACGCACGCGGCGAUUUGCUGUGGUACUCGAACAACCCCUCCUUGCAGGAUUCUGUCUUCGUCGACCCCAACUGGCUGCUUCAUGACGUGCUGGGGAGAGCACUGACGCCGGAUGGCGUGCAGCAAGGCUCCAUCACCACGAAAGGUGUCGUAACAUUCACGGACCUGGAAACCGCAUUUGAUGGCGUCGCCAGCGCAGACCUCGUCAUCAACGUGCUGCAGCACACGCUCCUCUGCUUCGAGCUGUCGCCUUCUGACGAUGGGCAACGGCGAUUCAUGCUGCCGAGCCGCGUUGAGGAGGAGGUCGAUCUCGCAACCGCCUGGUCACGAAGCAAGUGGCCGCUCUACGCCGGACGACGGCUGGUGGUCGAGAACCACGCGCUUGCGCUGCCACCUGGCUUCUUUCCGCACGUGCAGACACUGCUGCACAAAUCGUUUGGGGCAACACUGAAGGUGUGGCAAGAUGCCUUCUUCUGCAAGCGCGAUGGCGUGCAAUGCCUUGGACUUCUGCGAGAUGAUCGAGAAGUGGACGUGUGGGUUCGCGCAUCCGCUGGUGCAGAGUGCAGCGCUUGGAGCUGCAUGAUGGAGAUCGUCUCCUUCCUGCAAGAAGAUGCGAGCGGCAUCGACCACGUCCAACACGUCCUCAGCGUGAAUCACUUGCAGCAGCACCACGAUUACCCCGCCAGCCGCCCCAUCACAGACCUGGAGGACCUCGCCUUGCAUGACCUCGUCGACUUCGCAGACGACGACAAUCCACCCACGCGACUCGGGGAUCUGCUCGUACAUAACCCCAUCCUGACAGCACGCUGGCACCAACCUGGGCACGAGUGGCACCACCCUCGUUGGCGACUUGAUGACAGCUUCGACCGCUCGUUGCAGUGGACUGGACCUGGCGCUCACGGCGUGUACUCUGUAUCUCUUCCGCCAGACACAGACCUGUACCGAUGGAUAGAGAGCCAGAUGACGUCGGGCCUCACCCUGUCGCGCGUGGAGAUGACCAAGUCCACCACGAUGCUGCGUGCCUUUCAGACGCAAGUCCAGCGGUCAGCGACGCGUCGUGGUGACACUGAGCCGUCAAAUCCCUUCAACCAAGACUUUGGAGCUAGUGACCCGGAGAAGCGCGCCAUGCUUGACCGGCUCAAGACGCAGUUUGCACGAACACCCGGUGGCGUGAACCAUGUCAACGUCCUCGUUGCCUGGCACGGCUGCGACGAGGCUGUCGCUGGCAGCAUCAGUGCGUGCGGGGCAGCGAACUUUAGCAGCCCGGGCGACCGUGGCUUCUUUGGGUCUGGUAUCUACCUCACACCACAGGCAAGCUAUGCCGCAGGCUACUCGACACGCCUGCUCACUGGAGGUUGGCGUCCACCCAACGCAGAUGGUGAGCACGUGUUGUUGUUGUGCGCUUCCAGCGUUGGCCUGGCGUACCCGAUCACCCGAGCCGCAGAUUACCCUCAUGGCUCGAAUGAAUGCUCCUACUACGGGAAGCCUUUUGAUGAAAGCCAGGACACGCACUAUGUCCAGGUGACACGCACCACCAACUUCCAGGCCACCCGCACCGCGGGCACGUUUGACUUUGAGGAAUACGUCUUCUCGCAAGAAGUGCAAGUUCUGCCGUUUGCCAAGGUGUUUGUGAAGGUGCGGAGGGAUGAGUUGCGGGCGCACCUGGAAUCUCCUCCAAGCAUUACGAUUCCCGUGGCUCCUGAGACUGCUGGCGAUGAUGGCGGUGAUGACGACGAUCAGGACGGUGUAGAGGAUGGAGAGGCGGAGUCGAGUGCGUGA